AUGCAUGAGGGCGGCACCUGCAGCAACAAGGAUUCGAGUCGGCCAUCGACGAGGGCGAGUGCAACAGCCCAUGGCGACAAGCCAGAGAAUGCUGUCGGCACGGACAAGCCCGAUAGGACGAUCCCCAGUGAAGGAGAUUGCAUGCCAAAGUUCAAGAGAGGAAAAACGUGGCGGCUGCACUGCAGUUCUUCCGAGUCUGUGAAAGCGGCUCUAACCUCGAAUGCGGCUGACGCGGCCAACCCGCUGGCCCCGAUGUCGUCGGUGCACUCGAGCAAUGCAGCGUCUAGUCUGGCAGAUGCGCCACUGUGCCUGCUUCCGCAGCUCGCCACAAGCUCCGCUGCCGGUGCUUCGCCGUCUGCAGCGACGAGGCCCCCGAGGGGAGCCGGAUACCCUUCAGGGACCGCGAGGUCGUCUUCCAUUGUGUCCGUGUCGACGGCUCCUCACGACAUGCAGCUCGCGCGGCAGCGGCUAGAGCCGCAGCAUCUGAAGUUGCCCUCGAUGGGUUCCGCCGAUAUGCAUGCCACACGUGAGUCUUUGCUCUCCGACAUUUCCGACACCCUCAGCACCGAGAGCACACCGACCCACAGCCUGCAGGACUGCCAUUCUGCAAACUGUGGCAGCACCAUGAACGCUUUCCUCCGAAAAGCUGAGGCCCUGGAGGCGAAGUAUCAGCAGGCCCCACUGAGCAUCGAAGAGGAUCUCUUCGUUUACGACGACAUUGUCAUCUCAAAGGACGAGGCGCGCGCCAAGCAGUGGCGCCUGGCUGGUCGCAAGCCUCAGCCUGCCAACAUAGAGCCGAGCAGCGACAGUGGUACAAGCAGGACUUUAAAGAAGUUCUUCUCCUUCAACGACUUUGACGUGUGCGUGGACGAGGUAGACUUCAUGCCGCUGAGCCCGGCCACUGUCGAGGCCGCGGCGACGUUGGCGCGGGAUGCGGUUUUGGAGACACCCAAGCACGGCUUGAAGCACAUAACAGUGACGAACACGACAGUCAAGGCGCCGAACACGGUGGCUCACUUCCUGGCGCAGUCCCGCUCAAAGGAACCGAGGGUAAACCGGCCAUUGCGCAGCUUUCAGGUCAAUGUGCUCCUAGGGCACGCGACUCGCGUCAAGUGCAUCGCCCUCUCGCCGGCCGAGACGGACUUUGCCAGCUGCAGCAACGAGGACGCCUCCAUCACAUUGAACAACUUCGGUGUCGGCAGCGAGGUGGGCAUCUUCACGGGCCAUCAUGACACCAUCAUCAGCGCGACCUUCUCACCGGAUGGCAAGUACCUCGCCACGGCCAGCAAGGAUGAGAUGAUGAUAUUGUGGGAUGUGACGACGACGAAGAUCCUCCUAACCUUCGCGCAUCCCAAGGUGGUGAUCUGCUGCUGCUUUGGCCCAGAUAGCAAGCACCUCGUGAGCGGCUGCCAAGACCGCGUAUGCCGUCUCUGGGACACGAAGCGGGGAAGAGAGUGGAUGAACUACACGGAGCACGAGGGCAUCAUCAUUGCCAUCGCGUUCAGCCCAGACGGCAACUAUGUAUGUAGCGCCUCGGCGGACAGGUCGCUGCGGGUGUGGUCGGCCACGACGGCCAAGACGCGGUUCCGUCUGCUUGGGCACGUUGGCAUAAUCCUGUCUUGUAGCUACACCUCCGAUGGGCGUCACAUUAUUAGCAAUGAUGAGUCCCUCUUGCGGGUGUGGUCUGCCGAGGACGGCAGCUGCAAGCUAUCUCUCUCGCCGGUCGACGUCGCUGGCACGUUGCAGCUGAACCACCGCGCGCCGAAGCUAGGAUGGACGUUGUCCAGCGCCGCCCCUGGCUCCUUUACGCGAUUUGUGCUGGUCGCCUGUAACAACCGCUUCGUGUACGUCAUCGACAUCGAUACCGGACGGGAGGUGGCAAGCACUUUCUGCAAAGCCCCCGUGUAUUGUCUUACCGCCGGCAGCCACGAGAAGAUGGCCUUCGGCGACAGCUUCGGUAACAUUUACAUACUUCGCCUGAUGUAA